AUGUCAUUGUCCAUCUCAACCAUCUACUCCUUAUCUGCUAUCGUUUUCCCAUUGGUCUAUAUUGGUGUGAAAUGGCUGCUGUCUACCACACGGCCGAAGAAUUUCCCUCCUGGACCACCCACCGUUCUCGGUCUCGGUAAUUGGCACCAAAUUCCCUCAGUAUGGCACUUCUUUCAGCUUGAUGCCUGGGCCAAAAAAUAUGGCCCCAUCAUGGGCCUGAAGCUGGGACCUCGAAACGUCGUCGUUCUGAACGAUGCCGCACUGGUCCAUGAGCUCAUUGUCAAGCGGGCUACAUCCUUCUCGGAGCGACCAGGCAUGUAUAUUGCCCAGAACCACAUUGUUCCAGAAGGAAAGUAUUCGUAUAGUUUGUUUAUGCGAAACGACUACGGCAACCGGCUACGAUCGCUGGCCAAACAGACCUUAGUUGGGACAGGCCUCAACAACUUGGCACCGAUGCAGAAGGCGGCGGGAGCAAACCUGGUCUAUGAGCUUUCUAAAAAUGGGGAUAAAUGGGCAGAUCAUUUGGUGCCAUGGUCGCUUGCCACGCCCGUGGCCAUGAUGAGUGGAGCACCAAUUGAGGAUUAUGUCCAAGAUUUCGGCAAGAAAUGGAUAGACGAUUACAACCUCUCGCAGCGGCUUUGGAUUGAACUCCUUGAUCCUACCAAUCCGCCAGUGGAUCUUUUCCCCGUCCUACGCUGGGUUCCUGCCGUGUUUGCCCAAUGGAAGCACAAAGCACCUGUUGCGCGCAAGUACCUACUUAGUGCAUAUAAUGAUCUCAUUUUGCAAGCUGAGAAGAGAAUGAAAUCUCAGGGUGGCACUUUCAGUCCGUUAGCAAUCAUUCCCAAAUUGUUGCGUCAGGCGUCCGACACUUUUACCAACGAGGAAGGGUUGGAUAUGACGGUGUUCAUGGGAGGACUAUUCGAUGCCGCUGUAGGCUCCACGCUGAUGUCAUUCCAUACUCUCCUUCUCGCACUUGCCGCGCACCCUGAAGUUCAACGCCGCGCUCAGGCCGAAAUUGACUCGGUUUUUGGAUCACAAGAACUUCCUGACAAUAUUGAGCUCGACAAACUCCCCUAUGUAAACGCCUGCGUAACGGAAGCCCAACGCUGGCGUCCAUUGGGGGCAUACUUUAUGAGCCAAUUCGGUCUUCCUCGCGAAAGUGUCGCCGAUGAGGAAAUCUUGGGCUACCGUAUCCCAAAGGGAUCCUCAGUAGUAAUCAACCAAUGGUCUAUUCAUCAUGACCCGGAUUUCUUCGAUAAGCCCGAGCUCUACAACCCGGAUCGAUAUUACAAAAAUCCCACCGGAGCUAAGGACGGUAUCUCACAGCAAGGUCGGAAGCCAAUUUAUACCUUUGGUGCAGGGCGGAAGGAGUGUCUGGGAAAGGAUUUCUUUUUCCAAAAUGCGAGAAUCGCGUGUGCGGAAAUUUUGUGGGCGUUUGACAUUUUUCCGGAUGGGCCAUUGGACUCGAAUCUUGAGACUGGCUUUACCCCUGCGGUUGUGAUGAUGCCCAAGCCAUUCAAGGUGAAGUUUGUACCGCGUCGGGGUGAAGAGACCUUGUUAAGAGAGAAGGAGAAGGCUGAUUUGACAUUUACCAAGAGUCUUGGAUAG